CUCCCUAAAUGGGAAGCAGUUUCAUUUAAAGGUCAAGGUAGCAAGCUAGAUACUAGUCCUAGUCUCUAUCUAGUUCUAGUCCUGCAAUCCCCAAGACAGAUGGUUAAAUGACUUUGGGCAGAUCAUGAUUGUGAGUUCUACUCCUACAAUACAGAGGACAGAUGGCUGAGGCUUUGGGUCAAUUACCAGGAGACACUGUGUUCUGGUUGAACCUUAAUCAUGAAAGCCCACUGCAUGACUUUGGGCCCAUAACCAGGAGAUGGUGAUUUGUAGUCCUGCAUCAGUUAUGAUCUCAAGGAAAAGGAGAGUUGUGGUCUACAAUACUAAUGAAAGCUGUCUGAAUGACUUUCUGCAGAUUAAAAAGAAAAGCCAUAGGCAUGACGAGUUCUAUGCCUCCUGUAGGCAUAACUGGUGAAAAAGUGAUUGGGUUAAUCAACAAGAGAAGGUAUGAUGAGUUCUGCACCUGCAAUAAGCAUGACUGUUUGAAAAGUGAUUGGGUAAAUCAACAGAAGGCAUGCUGCUUUAUACUCCUGCAAUAAGCAUGACUGGUGGAUACGUUUCUGAGCAAAGCGACAGGGGAAAUUGAGUUCUACUCUACAAUACUCACAAAAGCUGCCUGAAAUACUUUGUGCAGAUCAGAAGAAAAAGACAUGAUGAGUUCUACACUUGCUGUAAGCAUGACUGGUGGAAAAGUGACCGGGCUAAUCAACAAGAGAAGUAGGUAUGAUGAGUUCUAUACCUGCAAUAAGCAUGACUGUUUAAUAAGUGACUGGGUUAAUCAAUAAGAGAAGGUAAGUUCUACUCUUGCAAAACUCAUAAUAACGCUCAGAAGCUGGCUAAAUCAGUUUGUGCAGAUCAAUAGGAAAAGGUGAGUUUUACUCCUGCAGUACAGAUGACAUUUGGUUGAGAGACUUUGGGACAAUAACCAAGAUGUUAUUUCUCUUCCUGCAAUAGGCAUGAGAUGUUGCAUAGCUGUACUAAGCAUGACUUGUGGCUAAGUGACUAGGUUAAUCAAUAAGAGGAAAGGUAAGUCCUACUCUUGCUAUACUCAGCAUAACCAGCUGAGUGAUCUGGGCAAUAACCAAGAGAUGGUGACUUCUAUUCAUGAAAUAGGCAUGGUGAUUUCUACUCCUGCUAUAAGCAUGACUGGUGCAUAAGUUUCUGAGUAAAUAAACAGGAGAAGGGGAGUUUUAAUCUACAAUACUCAUGAAAGCUCUUUCAAUGACUUUGUGCAGAUCAGAAGGCAAAGGUGAGUUUUACUUCUAUAGUAAGGUUGAUAGAUUUUGGGAGAAUAACCAAGAUACUGCUAUUUUUCUUCCUGCAAUAGGCAUGAGGUAUUGCAUACCUGCAGUAGGUAUGACUUGUGUAAGAGUGACUUUGGCCCAAUAAUCAAGAGAUGAUAAAUUAUAUGUCUGCUUUAGGCAUGGUGAUUUUUUUGACUUCAGUAAGCAUGACUGCUGGAUAAGUUACUGGAUCAAUCAACAGGAGAAGGUGAGUUCUACUCUACAAUAUGCAUGAUCUAUAGCUGAAUGACUUUGGUCAGAUAAUAAGGAAAAGUUGAGUUUUGCUCCUAGUUGGUUAAGUGACUUUGGGCCGAUAAGUAAUAUUAAGGAAAUCAACAAGAAAUUCAAAUUCUGUAUAACAUGCACAAAUGCUGGAUGAAUGGCUAUGGGCAUAUCAUAAGGAAAAGGUGAGUUCUAGUCUACAAUACUUACAAAAGAUGGCUGAAUGACUUUGGAUAAAUCAGAAGGAAAAAGUGAGUUCUACUCUACAAUAUUCAUGAAACCUCUCUGAAUGACUUUCUGCAAAUCACAAGGAAAAGGUGAGUUUUACUCCUGCAGUAAGGAUGAUAGUUGGCUGACUGACUUUUGGCCAAUAACCAACAGAUUAUUUCUCUUCCUGCCAUAGGCAUGACAAUUUCUACAACACUAUGAGCAUGACUGGUGGAAAAGUGAUUACUUUAAUCAAGAGAAUGUGAGUUUUACUCUUCAAAUAAAGUAACCAUCUGAGUUAAUUUAGGCCAAUAACCAAGAAAUGUUACUUCUGUUUCUGCAAUAGGCAUUGUGAGUUCUGCAAUAAGCACUAUAGGUAUUUGAGUCACUUUGGGAAGAUAUCCAGGAUCAGUGUUUUAUUGAAGUCAUCAUUGAUAUGAACUGAGGUAUGUCUUUGAAAGGUAAUUUCUCUCUUUUUCUCUGUAUUUUCAAUAAUAAUUCUCUCUGUGCCAUCACUCCUAUCGUUCCUGAUAUUAAUUCUUUUUUUGAAAUAUGAAUAAAAGCUAGUGUAAUGGAAGCAUUUUUGUAUUUAAAUUGAUCCCACAUUUAAAAAACAUGCCGUUAAAUCCUACUUAAUUGAAAGAAGGGGAAAUUUUGCAGUACAUUAUAAUGUAUUUUGCAACAGAUUUGCUUUAAUUAUGAUUAAACCACUGAUGGAAACUAUCGUUAUACUUUUAAGAUGGUAAUACAAUAUAUUCUCCAAACUGAGAUUGAUUGCUGGUAAUUUCAUACAAAAGCCCUAUACACAUCUGAAAAUUCUAAACUAUAUUUUUGUUUUAUGUCUUAGGUAUGAGAAAAGAAAUAUCCAUCUAUUUUUCAGAUUUUUUUACUGCAAUUUUCACUAAUAUUAGUGCUGUUCAUAAUUACUACUUGAUCAGUUGAAAUUAUUUUUACGCUUUCCACAGCAAUGCAAUAAAUAUACUCAAGAAAAAAAAAUGCUUAAUGCAAGUGACAUCUCUACUUUUAUUCUGUUGGGUUUUUCUGAUCAAGUAGAUAAAAAUAUGCUAUACUUCAUUUUGUAUUUAGUGAUCUACAUAACAUCCUUAAUAGCAAAUGUUCUCAUCAUAUUAGUAGUGUCCCUCCACCAUUCACUCCAUACUCCCAUGUACUUUUUCUUAAUUAAUUUAUCUGUUACUGACCUUGGCUCUAUUUCUGUGACUAUGCCCAAAGCCAUGAUAAAUGCUGUCCUGAACAGCAGAGAGAUCUCUUACUCUGGGUGCAUCACACAAGUAUUUUCCUUAUUGUUCUUUGGAAUGUCAGAUUUCUUCCUUCUCACAGGCAUGGCAUAUGAUAGAUAUGUCGCUAUCUGUGACCCACUGCAUUAUGAAACCAUAAUGGGCAGGAAGACAUGCCUUCAGCUGGCAGCCAUGGCAUGGAUAAGUGCUCUUCUUUAUUCAACAUUGCACACUUGUGGUACCUUUGCAAUCAGCUUUUGUUCCAAUGUUCUCAAUGAUUUCUUCUGUGAUGUCUCACAACUUCUGAAAAUAUCCUGUGACGAUUCAUAUCUCAUUGAAGUUGGAUUUAUUCUAUUCAGUAUAGUUGGUAUUGCCUGUCCUUGCUUUAGUUUCAUAAUUGUUUCAUAUGUUAAGAUUUUCAAGUCUGUUUUUAAAAUUGCUACUUUUCAAAGACAAAAUAAGGCCUUUUCAACUUGCAUUCCACAUCUUAUUGUCGUCUCUUUGUUUGUCAGCACCGCAAGUGUUAAUUUACUAAAACCUCCUUCUGUCUCCCCUUCAAAUGUAGAAAUUGUAAUCACUGUAUUGUACUCUGUAGUUCCUUCUUUGAUUAAUCCCAUUGUUUAUACUAUGAGGAACAGGGAGAUCCAAGUUGGAUUGUGUAGUAUGUUGAAAUCUACUAUUACAUCCAGGAAUCAAUCAUAG